AUGGCAUGUACAGCGACACUCGAUGUAUCACCUCCGGUACAUCGUUGGAUGGACACCGCUCUUCAAAGGGAUGCUUUUAAAAAGACUAUCCCUAUCCUUGCCGCCAAGGUUUCUGCUUCUAAAACCGGGUCUCUGCUAAAGUCUGAUAUCAUGAAGAAAUCCCUCAUGAAUUUGCCAAAAGUACGCAGCGUUCUUCGGGACCCCCACGAUGACCUCGAGAGGCUAGUAUUGCUGAAUGUAUCUGAGGAUGAUGCCCUCUCGCCGGAGGUUCGCAACUUCUUGCAGGAACAGUCUGCUACGCUGGUGGUGCACAACCUAGAGUUGACUUACGACUACUGGACGGCUGAUGAAAUCUUACAUUCCAUAUUGCCCGAGGAGCUUUGCAAGGGUUCCCCAUCAGGGUUCGCAAUUACUGGCCAUCUCGCUCACAUGAACCUCAAUAAAGAAUAUCUACCCUAUAAACAUAUCAUCGGUCAAAUCAAAAAUCCUAUGAUUAAAACAGUCGUCAAUAAAUUAGACAGUAUUGAUACAAAGUACCGAUUCUUCAAGAUGGAACUGCUCGCUGGAGAACCUAAUUAUGUCGUUGAGCACCACGAGUCUAAUUGCCGAUUCACUUUUGACUUCACCCAUGUUUACUGGAAUUCACGGCUUCAUACAGAGCAUGAUCGGCUUGUCCAACUCUUCCGACCAACCGACGUCAUUGCAGAUGUAUUUGCUGGCGUGGGUCCUUUCGCAAUUCCUGCUGCCAAGAAAGGGUGUGCGGUACUUGCUAACGAUCUAAACCCCGAGAGUGCGAGGUACUUGAGCCAGAAUAUCGUUGACAAUAAAGUCACAAGUUUGGUCCGCGCUAGCUGCGAGGAUGGUCGUGAUUUCAUUAAAAAGGUUAUCGGCCGUGCGAGGGAUCAUCCUUUCCCCACAUACACCGGGCCGAAACUUAGCAAGAUGCAAGAAAAGGAGAGACGCAAGUUGCAACUAGCAGAAUCUCGUCCAAUAGCAGCACUUGGACUGGUUGAUCUGCCAACCGUGGAGAAUCAGUCUCCUCGUCACACUAUUUCACAUUUUGUGAUGAAUCUUCCGGACUCGGCGAUCGACUUCCUCGAUGCCUUCCGUGGAAUUCUAUCAGAAAGCGAAUGGGACUUCGGCAAUUACGCCAACAUGCCUAUGAUUCAUUGUCAUUGCUUCACACGCGAACUCCAUCCAGACAGGGCUGAAGCGGACAUUAUACAGAGGGUUGAAAGUAAACUCGGACAUAAGCUGGAGACAGAGGUGACAUUGCAUAUGGUUCGGUCUGUUGCUCCAAAUAAAGACAUGUACUGUAUCAGUUUUAGAUUGCCUCGUGACGUGGCCUUUGCGCAGUAA